AUGGUACAAGAGCUGGAAUGUGUUGAGGAAGAAUGGAGAUAUCAAAACCCAAUAUGUAAACGCACAGAAUGUAGUUACAAGUAUUUGAAUAAAACAUGUUUAACAUUGAAUUACCUUGACAAUCUUGAUUACAUGUAUACUGAAGAUGACCUAUGUGAUGAAGAAUGUAAAAGUUUUACUGGGUGUGCCGCUUCAAUACUUGAUUUAAGGGAAUGUUAUUUUUACAGAGCUCCGAUCAUCUUUGUGUCAUAUGAUCUAGAUCUAAAUCAAUGCAUUGAAAAGUGUAAGGAAAGGAGUGACUGUGUAACAUUGAGCUUAUGGUCAGAAUAUGGCAAUGAAUGCUUUUUAUUGAACGCUACCCUGGCUGAACUACCUGAUGGUAAGGAUGAGCAAAGAAUAUUUGUUUAUUCAUCAGUGGACUCACCUAGUGUUAUAACUUUACAACAGAAUUCUCUCAUAUGA